UUUUUUAUUUUUAAUUAAAAAAAUUUUUUCAUGAGUUUUAAAAGUGCUUAUAUGGACGAAAAUGUCAAGGAAAAUCAAUUUACUUUAGUCAAUCAAUUUCGAUGGCUAUUAGCUGGUGCUGCUGCUGGUUUAGCAGUUGAUUUAAGUCUUUACCCUUUGGAUACAGUCAAGACUCGAAUGCAAAGCAAAGUCGGCUUUAAAGCUUCUGGUGGAUUUGGAAACAUUUACAAAGGAAUACCUGCAGUUGCAUUAGGUUCUGCUCCAGGUUCUGCACUCUUUUUUAUUUCUUAUUCAAGUUGCAAAGAAUUGUUGAAUACAAAAAUGGCCAUUAAACCAACUCCAUUAACCGAUGCAUUAAGUGCCAGUAUUGGAGAAAUAUUUGCUUGUAUAGCCAGAGUUCCAACAGAAAUAAUUAAACAACGAGCACAAACAAACCCUCAAAAAAGGCCUUUACAAAUAUUUGGUGAAUUAAUAAAUGAAGGGGAAGGAAGAAGAAAAAAAUUUAAAUUUUUGGCAGUUUAUAAAGGGUAUUUUAGCACUUUAUUUCGUGAAAUUCCUUUUUCAUUCAUUGAAUUUCCACUUUGGGAAUUUUUAAAACAAAAAAGAAGAAAACUGACAAAUAAAGAAUGCACUCCUUUAGAAUCAGCUACUUGUGGGAGUUUUGCAGGCCUUAUAGCGGCAGGAAUUACAACGUAG